AUGACCAUCCCCACUGAUUCCCAAUCCCCUUCCCAGCAAACGGAGCUCGAGACUCAGCGCGACCCAAGCUCCAACAGCAAUCCGGCCACGAGUGGGCCUGUGCCCGUCCCGGUCCCUGGCUCAGCUCCACUCCCUGCCACCACCAGCGACUCCAGCAGUGCUACCACUACUGGUACCACCAUGGCCGACGCUAGUGGCCCCGUCUCCUCCUCCCCCGAAUCCAAGCUCGACGCCGACCCGCCCGUCGAUGCUCCCCCAGUCAAGUCCGACCCCAAAGCCCCCGUCGCGGUCUCCGAACCCGUCGCCAAAAAGUCCGUGUGUUCCAAGCAUGCGACAAAAGACCAGGAUCCCAACCGCUCGAAAAAGAAAAAGUCCCACCGCAAGGCCGCCUCGAUCGUCACCCCCAGCGAUGAUAGCUCUUCGGAGUUAAAUUCCUCUUCCGAGGAAUCCAGCGCGGAAUCUACUGACGACGACGAAGACGCUCAAUCGGACGAGGACGAGGACUCCGAGUCGGAUCGCAAACAACGUCGCCGCCGGGCCAAAAACAAGGUCAAGAAAUCGCUCAAAAGUGUCAGUCGUAAGAAGAAGAGCCGGUCGCACCAGACGGAAUCGGAAUCCGAUUCCGAUCUCGAGGAUAGUAGCGACUCCGAUUCGUCUCUUGAUGAAAAGACACUGAAGAAGCUGGUCGCCAAGCUGAAGGCGAAGAAGAACUCCAAGAAGUCGCGCUCCAAGGAAGACUCUUCCGAGGAGCAACAGGACGAUGAUGACGAUGCCGACGAGGAUGCAGACGCCGACGAGCUAGCUCUGCUGCUAGCCAAGCAGAAGUUGGCUUCCUUGCGAGUCAAGUUGGCCGAUGGGCGUCGCAAAGGCCGCGGCAGGCGUGGCUCGGGCGAUGGUAACACCGACGGCCAGAAAGGGAGCUCGCAAAAGUCCAAGGGACGCAAGAAGGCUGCCUCGAAGAUUGCCUUCAAACGUGUAGAUCAGCUAUGGGACAAUACGAUCCACAACUUCAAGCUGACGGAGACGGUCGACGACCCCGACGCAAAUGAGUGGGACCAAUACCUCUUCACCGUGCGCCGCAAGUUCGACUGGGACAAUAAGUACCUGGAGACGGUGGUAGACCUGAAGAGCAAGUACCUGCGCGAUGCGCUGUCCAAGGUCAUGGAUGGAGUCAAGGGUGUCAGCUUGGUGCAGGAGACAGCAGUUGUCGAUCCCAACAUGCUCUUCCUCUACCUUGAGGAGACGCGGCAAUACAUGAAAGAGCUCCGGCAGCUGGCCAAGACCGAGAAGAAGAAGAAAGCUCGCAAGCUCGCCGAGGUCAAAGCAUCGCAUCUCAAGGUGCUCGUCAAGUAUCUGGACACCGACUAUGCUGAGACCAAGAAAACCCUCUACCCUCUGUUGGACGCCAGUAUGAUCACCUUCGAUCUGCUCUGGGCCAUCUUCAAGCCCAACACCGUCGCCUACUCCUCCACCUACGGCAACCAGGAUGAGCCUCGCGCCUUCAAGAUCGAGUACGCAACCAAAGAGUCCUCGUUCAUGAAGGGUCAAUGGUACAGCAUCGAGGGUCGCUAUCUCGAAUACGAUGGCAAGGCCUUUGGCAUGGGCACCAUGGCCGCCGAGGUGGAGUCCUUCAAAGGUGCCCGCAAAAUCACCAGUCUCAGUUGCUAUCCGCUCAAGUAUCAUCGCGAAGCCGAUAGUGUCAAGGCCAAGCUCAUCGAGCGGGGCAAGAAGUUUGUGGCGCUGCGAGGCAUGAACUACCGGUACCACAAGGGUAUGGCCUUCUACAAAAAGAAGCGGUCCGUCAUCAAGGUCAACAUCAACGGCCGGGUUAUGGUUGAUCCCGCCAUCCACCGGCGCAUCAAUCCCAACUACCCCAUUAGCACGGUCCGUCCCAAGGACCCGGACUACCUUGACGGCUCCGACGAUGAGGGAAGCAACAAUGGGUGCUGCUGUGUUCUGUCGGACUCAGAAUCGGAUCCAACCUCUGGGCACCCGCGCGACUCAGACACCCCUCAGCUCCUAUUCAAGGUGGUACGGGACAAGGAGGGCAAGCCGCACGUCGUCGAGGUCGAGCUGGAUGAGAACGGCAAUGAAAUUGUCAAAGAGAACAUGGACGAAGUUGCAGACCCCUCCGACCGCGAAUUCACUGAAGAGGAGCUGCUCAUCGCAAGCCCGGUGGUACUCGGCUUCGCCUUCAGUGAGAAGCUGUGGCUCGAAUUCAGCAUCUCGGGCAUCAGUGACAUUGAAUGGAACGAAGAUGCCUUUGACUCGCUGGUCCUCCCCGACAACCAGAAGUCCAUUGUCAAGGCAUUGGUCGAAUCGCACACCUUCCGCGCGGCCCAGAACAUCGACGAUGUCAUCCAAGGCAAGGGCAAGGGCCUCGUGGCCGUGCUCCACGGACCUCCCGGUACUGGUAAAACUCUGACUGCCGAAGGCAUCGCAGAGCUCCUCAAACGCCCGCUCUACAUGGUGAGCGCCGGCGAGCUGGGCACCGAUCCGCGCACCCUCGAAGCAGAGCUCAACAAGAUCCUUGACAUCGCACAUUCCUGGGGCGCUGUUCUACUGCUCGAUGAGGCUGAUAUCUUCCUGGAGAAGCGCACCAUCCAGGACAUUCACCGCAACGCUCUGGUCAGCAUCUUCCUGCGGUUGUUGGAAUACUUCCAAGGCAUUCUCUUCCUGACCACCAACCGCGUCGAAACAUUUGAUGACGCCUUCCAAUCCCGCAUUCACGUCGCUUUGCGCUACGGUGAACUCACCACGAAAGCAAAGCGCAGCGUCUGGAAGAUGUUUCUGGAGCGAGUGCAGGCCAAAGAGGGCGUGCAGACCGCCACUUUCAAUGAAAAGGAUUUUGAUUUAUUGGCUCGGCAUAAUCUCAACGGGCGUCAGAUCAAAAACUCCGUCCGCACAGCCCAAGCAUUGGCUGUUAACGAGCAAACCCCUCUGUCCAUGGAACACAUCCGACGUGUCCUGGAGGUCGCUGAAACCUUCGACCGCGACCUUCGCGUCGACGACCCCCAUGAUGAUGAUGAUGAUAAGGAUGAUGACAAAAUAACCAAGUAUGUACACAUUGCAUCUCCCACUAUUGCUGCUGCUACUGCUACUGCUACUGCUACUGCUACUGCUACUACUACUACAUCCACUCAGCCCCAUAAUAUAGAUGAAACAGUCUCACUUAGCAGUACUUCAGCAUCAAGACAUAGUGCUGAAGUAUAA